UUUUCAAUUAGAAUAUAAUUAAGCAUGAGAAAAAUAAACACAAUUUUAUGCAAAUUUACAAAUAAAAAUUGGUUUCGCUACUAUUCCGGCGAAUAUCGCAUAUUUCAUUUUCCAGGAAUCAGCAAAGCAAAGGAAGAAAACAAUGGCGCCGAAACAGUUAUGUCGAAAAUACAGUUACCAUCAAGUAAAGCAUGUGUUGUAUUAACGGAAAAGAUUGACGAGCCUUCUAAGAAAUCGAGGACACCUAUAAAAAAUGUUGCGAAUACUAUAUUGAAAGAGCCGCAAGAAUGUACAGUGAAACCAGUUACUGAACUGCCUGAGAACUGCAAUCCGAAACCGCCAGAAAUUCCUGCAAUCAAAUUAAGAGACGGUUAUAUGAUGCCCAUGUUUGGGCUUGGUACUUGGGGUUCGGCGCCGGAAAAGGUUGAAGCAGCCGUAAAACAUGCCAUAAAAGUUGGCUAUCGCAUGUUCGAUUGUGCACAUGUCUAUGAAAAUGAAAAAGCCGUUGGUAAAGCUAUAAAUAAGUCAAUAGAAGAAUGCCUUGUCAAACGCAAGAAUCUUUUCAUAACAAGUAAGUUGUGGAAUACUUAUCAUCAUCCCGAUUUAGUGCUUGAAGGAUGUCGGCGUACUUUAGAUGAUUUGAAUUUAUCAUAUUUGAAUCUUUACCUCAUACACUGGCCUAUGGGUUAUAAAGCAGGAAAUGAACUGAUACCGUAUGAUGCAUGCGGGCGGGUAUUGACCACUCGUGUGGAUUAUGUGGAAACGUGGAAAGCGAUGGAGAAGUUGGUUGAGUCUGGUUAUACGCGCUCUAUUGGCGUAUCCAAUUUUAAUAAAAAUCAAAUCGAGCGAAUUUGGAAAAUUGCGAAAAUUAGGCCUGUUGUCAAUCAGAUCGAAUGCUAUCCAUAUUUACCACAGCAACGUCUUAUGGCAUUUUUAAAGGAGAAAGGCAUUGUACUUGUUGCAUAUAGUCCAUUGGGUGCGCCUGCUAGGCCCUGGGCGAAAUCUGAAGAUCCGCUUGUAUUGGAAGAUAAUUUGAUCAAGACGAUUGCUUUUAGUCAUGGACGAACACCUGCGCAAAUUUGUAUACGUUACCAGAUACAGCGCGGUAAUGUCGUAAUACCGAAAUCAGUAACUCCAUCCCGAAUUGAGAGUAAUUUCGACGUGGCUAGUUUUGAAUUGACUGGUCAGGAAAUGAAAAUGUUAGAUAAUUUAGAUCGAAAAUUACGCCUUGUUGCUCUAGAAAGUGUAUCCAAUCAUCCCCAUUAUCCAUUUCAUGAUGCAUUUUAACUAUUUGAUAAAAGUUGCAAAGUUUGAAUGGUUGCAAUGACUUUACUUCUUGGCGAAUAAAAAAUUAGAAAAUAAAUAAGAACCUUUUUACACUGGA